UAUAAGGAAUGCGCGGCGCGCCGGGCGCUCGGGGCGCGCGCGAGCUGCGCGGUCGCUUUAAGGAGGCGCCGGGGCGGGGACGGGCCAGAGCGGGCCGGCGGGCCGGCGGGCCGGGAGCCGUCAGUCGGGCUGCCGCGGCGCUGCCUCCUCCCCGGCGCCAGAAUGGAGGAGGCGGUCUGAGGACCAGAGCCGAGCCGGGGCCACCGCGCGGUCUGACCUACCAGCAACAUGGCAACCAGUGCCGUCCCCAGUGACAACCUCCCCACGUACAAGCUGGUGGUGGUGGGAGAUGGGGGUGUGGGCAAGAGUGCCCUCACCAUCCAGUUUUUCCAGAAGAUCUUUGUGCCUGACUACGACCCCACCAUUGAAGACUCCUACCUGAAACAUACAGAGAUCGACAAUCAGUGGGCCAUCUUGGAUGUUCUGGACACAGCCGGCCAAGAGGAGUUCAGUGCCAUGCGGGAGCAGUACAUGCGCACCGGGGACGGCUUCCUCAUCGUCUUCUCCGUCACAGACAAGGCGAGCUUCGAGCACGUGGACCGCUUCCACCAGCUCAUCCUGCGCGUCAAGGACAGAGAGUCAUUCCCGAUGAUCCUCGUGGCCAACAAAGUUGAUUUGAUGCAUUUGAGGAAAAUCACCAGGGAUCAAGGAAAAGAAAUGGCGACCAAACACAAUAUUCCGUACAUAGAAACCAGUGCCAAGGACCCGCCUCUCAAUGUCGACAAAGCCUUCCACGACCUGGUUAGGGUCAUCAGGCAACAGAUACCAGAAAAAAGCCAGAAGAAGAAGAAGAAAACCAAAUGGCGGGGAGACCGGGCCGCUGGUACCCACAAACUGCAGUGUGUGAUACUGUGAGAGGCCUGAGGCCCUGGGCACCGUGACCGUGAGCCGGCCGGCCCUCGGGACCCCUCCUCUGCCUCACCGCGCUGAGAGCCGCUUCUAACCACGGCCCUUGGCCUGAGGACUUGGCACGGGAAGGGAGAAAGGGAGGCGGGGGCAGAGGGCGUCUGGCUCUGCUGAAAGGGCACAGGCUUUCCCGUGUCCCGCAGGAGGCCAGAAACGGCGCUAAACGGAAGUGGCAUCCAAGCCCCACGUGUUGAUUCUGCCCAUUCCUCCCCUCCUCCGUGGCUGUGUUGUUUCUCCGAACUACAUCGUGUUAGUUUGAUGUGGAAGUGCUUAUCCACGUACAGAGUACACAACAAGCCAUGAUCCAGUCCCCCAUCGCGCCCCCCGGCCACCCCAGUCCGCAGUGUCUGAGCUUGGGUGUCUUUUGUAGAUUUUUAAAUUAUUUUAGUGAUCAAUAUUUUAUUAAAGGGGUCUGUGCCCACUGCCUGGUGAAGUUUCAAGUCUUCAGCAGGCUCUCUGAUAAUAUGUCUGGAGUAUUAUUGUUGGUUUUUAACUGAGUCUUCCCAGCAGUGCCAAAACUCAACUCAAUGUGGAAGUGAGUGACUGGGGGAACCCAGGUUAGCAGGGCCUCAGAGAGACAGACCCUGUUGAUGGCCUGGGACCUGGAGAGAAGAAAGUUGUGUUUACUCGGAAGCCUGACUGUGGUUGAGACUGUAGACAGUAGGAAACAGUUUUGUUUUGCUGAGGGGAGAGGCUGGCAGGAGCAUGUCAAUUUUAAAAGGGGUUUUUAUCAUCCUGGAAAUGUGUAACUUAAGUAGGCUGAUUGGCUUUGCAGAUCAUUUAUUUUCUGCAUGGUCUGGGUUCGGUUCUGUCUCUCCCCGCCGUGUGAGAGGGCUUUCU